AUUUGAUUGAGGAGUAAACAUUUUUUGUCAAACAUUUUAUUCUCUCUCUCUCUCUCUCUUUGUCAUAUCUUGGGUAGCUCCAUCAAAUAGUUCCCACAGUUCCCACAUGAAGCCAUAAUCAUCACGCCUCUUUCAAAACCCUUCUCCUUUUUUCCCUUUCCCUCAUUCCCCACUAUCCCAUCUCACAAAACCCUCAAGUAGAAAAUGUCCGUAAACCACUACUCCAUGGACCUUCCAGAAACCACACUGUGGUGGCCUCAUCAACAGGAGCAACAACAAGAACAAGAACAAGAACAACAACCCUUCCAUGGGAACCUGAACAAGGAGGAGGAGGAGGAGGAGUACGAGGCGAAGGAAACGACGACGACGAAGCAGGAGGAAACGGAGGAGGAGAAGGAGGCCAUGUUCGAGAAGCCCUUGACGCCGAGCGACGUGGGGAAGCUCAACCGUCUCGUAAUCCCCAAGCAGCACGCCGAGAAGUACUUCCCUCUCGGCGGCGGCGACUCGGCCGAGUGCAAGGGGCUUCUGCUGAGUUUCGAGGACGAGUCGGGCAAGUGCUGGCGGUUCCGCUACUCCUACUGGAACAGCAGCCAGAGCUACGUCCUCACCAAGGGCUGGAGCCGCUACGUCAAGGACAAGCGCCUCGACGCCGGCGACGUCGUUUUGUUCGAGCGACACCGCGCCGACAACCACCGCCUCUUCAUCGGCUGGAGGCGCCGCCCCCACGCUGACAACGCCACCGCCCCCGCGCACGUUAGCAGGACGCUGCCCCACGCCACCCCUCCUCCCGCUGUGCCCCUCGACUGGACCAGACCCUCCUUCUAUUCUGCGCAUCCUUAUCCUGCGCAUCAUCACCCCUUCCCAUACCAACAUGCAGGUAGAGGGACCCAAGGUCAGAACCAAAGGACGAGCCCGAGUUCAAGGGUACUUAGGCUGUUUGGGGUCAACAUGGAAUGCCAAGCUGAACAUGAUUCUGGACCCUCCACACCUCAAUGCUCCUACAAUAGUAACAACAUGCCAACCACACAGGGCACAGAUACCCAUCAUCACCAUUUCUACCAUCAUCAUCAUCAUCAUCAACCUUCUUCCAAUCCUUCACCUCACAUGGUACGUCACCAACCAUACUACUACUAGAUAUGCCACCCCCUCCAUUGGAUCCACAUUUUUUUUUUGUCUGCUCUUCAAGUGUAAGAUAUAUAUAUAUAUAUAACUAUGUAUCCACUUGCUUAAUCAUAUCUAUUGCUAAUUAAUUAAUGGCUUCAACAUCG